CUAAAACAGAAAGGUCGUUAAAUCAAGAAAUGCGGACAAGUGCUCAAGAAUUGAUGUUUCUGUGUCAAUUCAACUAACAUUCUAUUAACUUUUAUUACCUUUCCAGUAAAAAAUAUGUAUAGAUUGUUAAACAAGGGACUGAACAGACCCAUUGUAUAAGAGGUGUUUCCUUUUUGUUCAAUCUUCAAAAUAAGGUCACAAUUCACACUAUAAAUGAAGAUGUCACAAUUGACGUUGUGAAAUAAGUAAGUUGCAGUAACAUUGAAUUUCUUAAAAGAAUCAAGUAUGAAUUAUUAUUCACGUCGAUUGUUUUUUAAAUUCUUGCUCUUUAAUGUUAUUUUUCUUAUUCCAUGAGGAAAAGGCAAACAAUCAGGGCCUUACAUAAGAUGAUUCUAUUUAGGAGUAACAUCUUCUUCGGUAUAAAGUAAUUUAGUACUUGUCUAGCGGCAAACUUGACAAAAAUUCGUAACAGACAGAUAUUAAAAAAAAAAAAAUUACUUUAGCCCCUAGAGGCUGAAAUGGUGGUUUAGCCAUGCUGUGGAACGCAAAAAGCAAGAGUAGUUAGUGAAAAGGUUACUUUUUAGACAAAAAGGUUACUUUUUUUAAUAUUUUGGGUAACUUCUCACAAGACCCAUCUGGCAACACUGGUAUCGCCUGUUAUCUAUCAUUGUUAUCAUAAGUUUGUGCGACACAAGUACAUCUCAAGAACAUUCAAUCGAAAUGGCAAGAUUUUUACCGAAAACUAUGAGGGCUGUAGGUCUUUACAAGUAUUUACCGAUUUCGGAUCCGAGUAGCUUGCUUGAUUUAGAAGUGGCGUUACCGACUGUGCAAAAGAAUGAUGUUCUAGUGGAAGUGAAGGCAACUGCAGUCAAUCCUAUCGACACUAAGCAGCGCGCACCGAAACCAACGAUCGAAACAUCUCCGAGAAUUCUUGGCUUCGACGGAGCAGGCGUCGUCGUGGCUAAAGGUGAUGCAACCAAAUUAUUUAAAAUUGGAGAUGAAGUAUUUUUCACAGGCGAUUUCAGGAGAACUGGUUCUAAUGCACAAUAUGUAGCUCUUGAUGAGGUAAUAGUAGGCUUAAAGCCGAAAAAUUUGACGUUCGAACAAGCAGCUGCCGUGCCAUUAACUGGUGUAACUGCUUACGAAUCUCUGUAUGACCGAUUGUUACUUUCAAAGAAAGAUGCUGGUAAAUCUCUGUUAAUAAUAAACAGUGCAGGAGGAGUUGGCUCAGUCGCUUCUCAAUUGGCCAAAAAUUUAGGCCUCAAUGUAAUUGGGACUGCUUCAAGAAAGGAAACUGAAGAAUUUUCUUUAGCGCAUGGAGUGGAUACUGUCCUUAAUCACACUAAAGAUUUGAUUCCACAACUGGAAGCUAAAGGCUUUGGUAAUGGAGUAGACUACAUAUUAGUUAACUAUGAUCCAUAUCCUUACUGGGACACAUUAAUGCAGGCAAUUAAACCACAGGGAAAGAUAUGUUUGAUUGUAGACAGCAGUGGACUUGUGGAUUUACAACCUCUAAAGGACAAAAGUGUGACAUUAGUGUCAGAAAUGAUGCUCACCAGAAUUAAAUACAAUACCGAUGAUAAAUUCAGGCAUCAUGAGAUACUCCAAAAAAUUUCAAAGAUGUUGGAAAAUGGUCAAUUGAAAACUACACUUACUAAAGUUUUGUCUCCUAUUAAUGCUGCUAAUUUGAAGGAAGCUCAUAAGCUUUUGGAAGAAAAACACACAAUUGGGAAAAUUGUUCUAUCUAAGUUUGAUGAACAAUGAAAACUCAAGUUUUAUUAUACAUUGUUUAAUUUUUUAUUGAUAUUAUUAUUACACACUCAACAUUAUAUUUGUAAUUUUAAAUGCAUUAUAAUAAAUCUUUAAGGUUUUAUAUUAAUCAAUAAAGAAAAUUACUUUUUGAGUA